UUCGGGACUCUCUGGGUGCAGAGUUUAAUGUGAUGUGAAAAUUAGGGUAAUAAUACGUUGAGGUAGUGAUUUAUAGUAUGGUGUAAAUAAAUGAGGUCCAGCGACCACAAUCAUACAUUAAUAUUGAUAUUGUCUCCGUAUUUUGGGGGGUUCCACCCGGAAUGUUUUUGUAGCUGUACGCGUCCAUGUCCCUCCGUUAUAUUCAACUGUGAACAUGUUCAACACUGUUAUGUCAGGUAAUCACACCAAUCAACAAAUGUCUGCUCUAGAGGAAACGAGGACGAGCCUUUGCGACCAAUUUGCCUCUAUCUCUGGAUCGGACAGUGCUGUGGCGCAGUGUUAUCUAGCAGAAAAUGAAUGGGAUAUGGAGAGAGCAUUGAACUCGUUCUUCGAGGCUCAUAUGGAUUCAGUGUUUGAUGUUGAAGAUGCAGAGGAAACUAAAGAUGUGUCUGGGAAUAAGAGAAAGGGGGUGAAUUCUUCUGACACUGCUGAGGCUUCAGGAACAAAGAAGAAAUUUAAGACAGACUGCAUUAUUGACCUGACAGCGGAGGAACCCACCUGCUCCAGCAGUGUGAACCCCCAAGAAAGUCAGGCUAAAAGUGUUGUAACCGAAUCUAAUGUGGAGGACAGCAAGCUCUCCAUCAUCAGCUGGAAUGUGGAUGGUUUGGACACAUUAAGUCUUGCAGAGCGUGCCAGGGGCUUGUGUUCAUAUCUAGCUCUAUAUACACCAGAUGUGGUUUUUCUUCAAGAACUCAUUCCAUCUUAUAUUCAGUAUCUUAAGAAACGUGCUGUCAGCUAUCUGUUUGUUGAAGGAAGCGAUGACGGAUACUUCACUGGGAUUAUGUUGAAGAAAUCAAGAGUAAAACUUUUGGAAAGUGAGAUCAUCUGUUAUCCUACAACACAAAUGUUGAGAAAUCUAUUAGUUGCUCAGGUGACUUUCUCAGGUCAGAAGCUAUACUUGAUGACAUCACAUUUAGAAAGUUGUAAGAACCAAUCAGAGGAGAGAAUGAAACAACUGCGAGUUGUAUUUCAAACGAUGAAGGAAGCACCAGAAGAUGCUACUGUAAUUUUUGCUGGGGACACCAAUCUCAGAGACACCGAGGUGGUAAAGGUGGGAGGUUUGCCUCCAGGUGUGUGUGAUGUUUGGGAACAGCUGGGCAACGAACACUGCCGAUACACCUGGGACACCAAAGCAAACAGCAACAAGACUGUGCCUUACAUCAGCAGAUGUCGCUUCGACCGCAUCUUCCUUAGGUCUGCUAAAACCGGCCCAAGAGUCACUCCUGGCCACAUGGUGUUGGUCGGAAUGGAGAAACUGGACUGUGGCCGUUACACCAGUGAUCACUGGGGAAUUUACUGCACUUUCAAAACAUGAUUAUUAAAUCCCUAGAAGACCAUAUAUACGCGUGUCGUUUAGAAGAUAGUUUUAAAAAGUGUUUAAAAUGAAGAAUGUGAAGAGUGCCUACAAAUUCAGACUACAGAUCAGUGUAAGAAACAAAGACAUACAGAUAAUAAUAGAAUGCAAAGCUGGAUAUAAAAUACUUCGAAAAGGGUUUGAAUAGAAUGGUUUACUUUUUUAAACCUUUUUUAACUCCACAGAUUUUGUUUUGUCAUACAAAAUCUUCUGUUAUCACAAACCAUGAUUUCAGCCAAUCUCUGCUCUCGCAUAUAAUUUUUUUAUAAUGUGAAAGUGUUGACUGAAUUUAAGUGAUUUUUCCUAAAUAAAUGUGACCUUGAUUUAUUGUGGCGAUUGUGGUAUGGGUUGUGUGUCCUAUAUUAUACCACAAGUGGUCAGUAUUUCUCAAACAUUACAUAAGCUUUUAAAUGUCAUUGGUACAGAAGCACAGUUGAACUAUUACUUCUUGAAAUU